AUGAUGAUGAUGUCAAGUGUUGCUGAGGCUGCUGCCCCAUGUGGGGCUGUCCUGUCACUGGCUGUCUGGCCCCCAGCAGACAUAUGGCUGUGUAUUCUCUUUCUUGUUCUGUUUGGCUGUCUCUCUGGGUCUGCCUUUUCUGCACCAAGAGCCUGGGUGUUGCCAAGGCAGAGGCCUCGCUUUGACCAUCCUGGAGAUGUAAUAGUUGGGGGCAGCUUCUCCAUCUUUGACAUCUCUAUUGGUAACCUUUCUGACUUCACUGCCCCACCAUCUGGACUUGUGGCUUCAGGCAUUUCCAACUGGGGCUACCGGGUGGCCCAGAGUUUUGUCUUUGCCAUCGAGGAGAUUAAUAGGAGUGCUCACUUGCUGCCCAAUGUGACCCUGGGCUUCUCUAUUCGAAACUCUGGGGACACAGUGCAUGGAGCCCUCCAUGAGACAAUGAGCUUUCUCACGAGGCAGGAGGAGCCCAUCCCCAACUACACAUGCCAGCAUGGCUCUCCUCAGGCUGCGUUGGUUGGAGACACACGGUCAUCCCUGUCUGUCUCCAUGGCCAGACUUCUGGGACUGUACAAGUUUCCCCAGUGUGGUAGAGAUGGUGUCUCUGUGUCUCCCAUAGACAGGAAGAGCUGUCUUCUGUGCCCCAAGGAGCAGUACUCGAGCCACACGAGAGACCGUUGCCUGCCCAGGACAGAGAUCUUCCUGGCCUUUGAGGAACCUCUGGGAUUCAUGCUGGCUUUGGCGGCACUCUUCCUGGCUGGUCUGGCUGCCCUGGUUCUGGGAGUGUUCCUGAAGCACAGAGACAGCCCUGUGGUCAGGGCCAACAACAGAAGUCUCAGCUACUUACUCCUGCUCUCUCUUUGCCUCUGUGCCCUGUGUGCCUUGCUGUUCCUUGGGCGACCCAGUGUCAUGACAUGCCUCCUCCGUCAGACCACCUUUGCUGUGGUGUUCACGGUGACCAUGUCCUCUGUUCUGGCCAAGACUCUCACAGUGGUCCUGGCCUUCAGGGUCACCAGGCCAGGGGACAGGAUCCGGGUAUGCCUGAGCCCUGGGGCUUCCUCCUCAGUGGUCCUUAUUGCUUCCUUCAUGCAGGUUGUUCUUUGUGGGGUCUGGCUGGCCACCUCCCCAUCAUUCCCAGACAGGGAUAUGGUCUCAGAGCCCCAGCACAUUGUCAUCCAGUGCCAGGAGGGUUCUGGCAAUCUGGGCUACUUGGGUUUCCUGGCAGCAGGUACAUUCUCUGUAGCUUUUCUGGCCAGAGGCCUGCCAGAUGUCUUUAAUGAGACUGAAUUCCUGACCUUCAGCAUGCUGCUCUUCUGCAGUGUCUGGACAGCCUUCCUGCCCCUGUACCACAGUGCCUGGGGCAAGUCCACUGUGGCUGUAGAGAUCUUCUCUAUCCUGGCCUCCACUGCUGGCCUUCUGGGUGGCAUCUUCAUCCCCAAGUGCUACAUCAUCUUGCUGAAACCAGAGAGGAACACUGCUGUGUGGCUAAGGCAAGGCCACCAGGCACAGCAGGAGAGGCAGAGUGAGGUGCUCCAGAGAAGGUGUGUUCCCAGAUCCACAUCACAAAGCUUCAUGAUCUAG